AAAUGGCAGACAUAAUGCAUUGUAUCGUGUAUUGGUUAAGUAGCGAUUUGGUUAGAAAUUUUUAUUAACGAUAUUCAACGAAAACAACAACGGAUUGACAAGAUCUAUGUUUGGAAAUUGUACGUAUCCUAACAAACGAAAGAUGCGGAAAGAAAUGGCCUCGGCUACCAUAUCACCGACCGAGGAUGACGAGUUGACCUUACCUCGUGCAUCAAUCAAUAAAAUGAUCAAGGAAAUUUUGCCACAUGUACGCGUAGCGAACGAAUCUCGAGAAUUGAUAUUGAAUUGCUGCACAGAAUUCAUUCAUUUACUUUCCUCCGAAGCAAAUGAAAUCUGCAAUCAGCAACAAAAGAAAACAAUCAAUGCUGAACAUGUUCUUCAGGCACUUGAAAAACUCGGAUUUGGUGAUUAUAGCGCGGAAGCGGAAGCCGUAUUACGAGAUUGCAAAGCUGUUGCAGCGAAACGAAGGCGCCAAAGCACUCGACUAGAAAAUUUGGGGAUUCCAGAGGAGGAGCUACUAAGACAACAACAAGAAUUGUUUGCGAAAGCGAGGGAAGAGCAGGCAGUGGCUGAACAGCAGCAGUGGCAACAGCUGCAAGCAGUUGCACAGAUGGCUUCCAUGCAACAGGCCGAUAGUGAACAAGAAGAUUACUCCUAAAUAUAUGAUGAUCGAACGAUCGAUUUCCCUUAUGUGCGUUGAUGUGGGAAACCAGUGCUGAACGAGGACAUACUAUUUUAUUUCAGCAAAUUUGGGAUAAUCGAAAUAUAUCAAUUUCUUUUCUUUC